AUGGAUAAAAAUUCAAAUCCAGAAAUAGGUCAUUCAGUUGUCGAUUUAACAAAUUCUCCAGUUGAGAUUACAUCCAUUGAUUUGAUUAAUAACAUAGAAGAACGUUGUGAUGCUUGGAAAUUCUCAUUAAUUGGUCGUUUGGAUUUAGCUCGAUUAAAAUUUUCUGAAGCUGUUCUAGAUCUAAAAAAUCAUUGGAAGCUUAAAGGUCAAUGUAAAAUGAUUCCACUAGGCAAAGGUUUUUUCACUAUCAAACUUGAUAAUGAUCAUGACAGGAUGACUAUCAAAGCAGGAAAAUGGGAAGUUUAUAAUCAAGUUUUAUGGAUUCGGAAUUGGACUCCACAUUUUAGACCAGAGAAUCAUAGAACUUCACAGGCAAUGAUUUGGGUACAUCUCCCAGGUCUAAGUUUGGAAUAUUGGGAUGAAGCAACUCUUUUCACAAUCUCUAAAGCUCUUGGAACACCAGUAAAGGUUGAUGAAGCUACACUUAACUUUGAUAAUGGGUAUUAUGCAAGAAUUCUGGUUAAUAUUGAUUUAGCAGCUAAAAUUCCUAAUAAGUUAUGGAUUAAAACAAAGUUUGGAGGAUUUAUGCAGAAUGUGAUUCUAACAAAACCCCCAAAAUUUUGUGAUCACUGUAAGAUUGUGGGGCACUUACAGAUUGAAUGCAGAGCAAAAACCUCUUCUCCACAUGAAGUUACUAAGUCAACUGUGAAUGCAACACCAAAGAGCACUAAUCAAUCUCAUGGUAUGAAGUUUGAUAUAUGUGAUCCAUUAUUUUGUUCUGGAAAUCAACACAAAGGUUCUUCUCCUAACAAUUCUGCCAGUGAGGUUGAGAAUUGUGAAACUCCAAUUAUAUCUGUUGGAGUGGGUCAUCAUGUGAAUCCUGUAAACAUUUCAGCAGGUAUGUUUGGUUCUUUACAAAAUUCUUCCGAGGAGGAAAAUAUAAUUGAAAUGCAUGAAGAUAGUGUGAAUAAGCAAAUAGUGUACAAGAAGGAUACAUCUCUACAGGGUAAUGAAAUUCUAUCUCCAGCAAUAAUACAACAAGUAGCAGAGGAUAAUGCAGUUGAAAAGAGUGUGAUUAACUUCAUUAAUGGCAAAGAUGGAUCAAUGUCAGAGGAAAGAAUUCCAAAUACUUCUUGGUCAAAAAUUAUUCAAAAACCUUCAUCUUCAAAAACAAAGCCAGUUCCAGUACAACAAAAGGAGGCUCCAGCAAAAAAUAAAGUUCAACAAGUUAACAACAAAUAUAACUUCAAAAAGAAUCAAGGAAAGGGAGGUAAUAAUGACCUUCAAUCCUUACAAUGA